UCACAGUCGAUUGAAAAGAUUCGCUUCGAUUCUAGGCAGAUUGAAUUAAGUUCUAAUUAAAGAAGAGAUUAGAUUAUCAUUGAAAGAGAUGAAGCAUUUAAUUCUUGUGAUACUGGUCAUAACAGACACUCUGGUACUUGCAAUACCACUACCCCAAGCACCAGCAGCUGCGGCUCCUGGAGCGCAACCUAACAACUUGCCGUUGUCAUUGCUAAUGAAUUCCAUGCCUCGAAGUGGGAUCGUUGGAAUGGCCGAUAAUCUUGGCGCUGGGCUAGCGAAUUUUGGAAAUGGACAAGGAUCAGCAUUCGAUGCAAUUGUAUCUGGCAUUUUCAAUGCAUUUGGUAACUUCAUCUCCGGUGUACUCGGUUCCGGAGCCAUUAACACGGGUUUCUUGAAUUAUAACAAUCGACCUCCAGCCGAUGCUGGUGCAGCGACACAGGCACCUGCGGGUGGUGCGGCAACACCAGCUCCUGCUGCAGAGAAAUAAAAAGAUACAAAUCAUAUCGAAUAUACAUCAUAGUAAUUGGUGCACUGGUGAAGCAGAUAAUACUGGUUAUCGGCGCACAUUUAUAUUUAUGCAUUCAUGCACAUAUUUAUUGUGAUAAAAUUUUGCGAAAAUAUUUAUCAUUUAAAUCGAUCAACGGUUGAAAAAUUAUUUAUGAAUUAAAAUAUAUGUUGAAUAAAAAAGUUGAAGUCAA